CAUGGUAGACCUUGUCGACGCCGAGGGCCGCCCCGAGACCAUCGUGGCCACCCCUCGCGACUCCUCUCCUCCCUCCUCCUCCUCCUCCUCCUCCUCCUCUACUCCCCCUCUCGUCGAGACCGACGAAGGCUACUAUCGCUGGGCCGGCAUCACCUUCAGCUGGGCAAAGGCCUGCACCAACGAGUAUGAGCGUCGCGCCAUCACGUCUCUUGUCCACAAGAACGAGCUCAAGAACCCCGAUCACCCUCUCGCCGACGCCACGACCAAGGAGGUGCCGUUCUACAUCGGCGAGUUUGCGGACGGCAAUCGUCAGCUCUGCUACUCCCUUGGUCAGGUGCAGUAUCUCCAGCACUAUAUCUACGAGAUGGGUCUCACCGACCCCAAUCACCCCAACAACUGCGCCAACCCUGCCACGAGCCGUAAGGAUGACAAGAAACCCAUUCGACGUGUUCCCCUUCCUGCUGGUUUCAUUCCAGCCGAGUCGUUCAAGUCGGUCACACCUGUCGCCGCGGGCCAGGACCCAAGGAAGGUGGACGUCAAGCUACGCAAGGAGAAUAAGCGUCGAGGCAACGGCUUCGGGCACGCCCCCAUGCUUCCAGCAGUGACCCCCAGCACUCCUCCCCUCGAUGCGUCUGCGGCUCCCUCUGCCUCCAACCCCGAGUCCUCGCCUGAUCUCGGAUACUUUGAACUCGCCCAGCAGGCAGUGGCCCUGGCCUUGGUCGGCGGCCUCAAGACCGAACAGGAACGCCUCCAGGAGCGGGACCCCAAUGUGUUGGAGGAUGACCCGGCUACUGGUCGCGCCCUGUUUAUCGCCGUCUACACUCGUGAACAACCCAACAUUGACAAUGAGCCCGAGCUUAAGGACGUUGGGUACGACGCAAUGUUGUUUCUCGAGGACCCCGAUGAGCCAGGCAACUUUAUAGCCGUUUCUGACCGCGAGCACUGGCUUGUCGAGGAGGAGAUUGCCUUUGGUGGAGGACCGACUCCUUACCUCUUCGCCAUGGAGGAUCAGCUUACUCGAAGCAGUCUCCUCAAGCCGCGCUCUAGCAUCAAGGGGGAGUUCCAGAAGAAGCUCGUAGACUUGUGGAUCCGUUCCGGGAGGGGUCCUGUGUGUACGUUACCCCACCUUCCUCCGUCGUAACCGCAGACUUUGUCAUUCACUCCACCGAUUAUGACGCUGCCGGGUUCGACCAUCUCGGUAUCAACAUCGGAGGAGUUAAAACCGAGCUCACGGGUUCCGCGAACGCUCACAGCA